AUCGUCUUUCAACUUCACUCAUUUUCAGACACGUAAUUUCUCCCUCUGAUAAAAAAUUUUCAGCUGAAAUUUCAAUCGAAAUCAAUAAAUUUCAAAGAUUGUCGUUCUCAUUGAAUGUUUGCAAACAUUUAGAGUUAUCAAUUAAAGUUAAUUGAAAUCAAUUGAGAAUGCUGUGAAUGUAAAAGUGAAAAACGAGAAAGAGACAAAAAAAAUUUCUAAACAAAAAAGACGAAAAAAUUACUUUUGAAAUAUUUUUCACGAGUGUGAUUUGAAGUUAUCAUUAAAAAUUGCGUAUUAAAGAUGAGUAACCUUGAAGUCUCUUCGGAUAAUACGUUUCUGCAACUCCCAGAAUCGUUAACAACGUCACCAUCGCAAUCUACUUUUAUGGCUGAAGAAGAUGCCUCCAUAUGUCCAUUACUACCAAACACAUCCAGCCCGCAAUUAGACUUUAAUCAUCCUCUAACACCCAGCACAGGCAAUGAUAUUAACUCAGACGCUCCUGAUGACCCAAUUGAACUUGAUGAUUCAUCAUCGAGCAGCUCAGGUAUUGGAAUGGGAAUCGGUGGAAUUGCAGGCAUUGGAAAUGUCAGUGCGUAUCAUCACUUGAGAAAGAAUGGUGACGUCAUAAAACAGGAAAAUGGAAAACAUGGGAAGAUUAAUUAUGAUUAUUUAAAUGCACUUAACGUACCAAUAACCAAAGAUAUCCCAUCGUUUGUUUCAUGGAACUGGCCCAUGAUUCGAAAGAUUACUUUCUACUUGUUCUUGUCAGGAAUCAUUGCAAUGUUGAGUGUAGUAGCGGCGAUGAUUUACCAACUACCAAAAACAUGUAAUCCAGAAACGCCAUGGUAUCAAGGAAGUGCUUUUUACGAAAUAUUCCCAGCAAGUUUUAAAGAUUCAAACAGCAAUGGGAUCGGCGAUCUUCGUGGACUUGCAAGUCAAGUUUCUUAUUUCCAGAAUCUUUCAAUUGGUGCAGUUCGUUUGAAUUCAAUUUUCGCUUCUAAACAAUAUCCAGAAAGCUUUCGAGAAAUUGAAACAUUGAUGGAAAUUUCAAAGGAUCUUGGAACUGUCAAUGACUUAGAGUUCUUAAUUUCCGUUCUUCAUGAGAAAAAUAUUUCCCUUAUCUUGGAUUUGCCACUUUAUCCUGUUUAUCAACCAUUAAUCACUGAAGUGUCUGAUGAACUUGCUGACGAAAUACUAAAAGUUGUUGAUCUUGUAGACGUGUUUUUAGAUGUCUCCAAUGGCACACAAAAGAUUGAGAAACAAGUUCUUGAAGUCUUAAAUGGAAAAUUGAAGCCUAGUGAAAAUGGGCCAUGGAUUCAUUGGAGUAUUAAUGGAGUUGACCGUAUUGGACGUGUGUCAAGUGGAAUUAGUCCCGAUGCAUCUCUUGCUGCUACAUUGAUGGAAAUAAUGCUGCCAGGAACUCCAAGUAUUUUUUAUGGAGAUGAAAUCUCAAUGGCACUUUCUCAUGAUCCUAAAAAUGAACAUAAAGAGUCAAAACACAUGCAUCAUCUUCCGACGAUGUCUUUCAGAAAUGAUGGAUCAUUUACUGGCCCAUUGUCAUUACCGUGGCUGCCUAAAUCAGCUUCAGUUUCUUACCAGCAUUUAAAAUAUGUAAUUGAUGCUAUCACUCUUCGCAAAACUACUCCAUCGAUUUACAAAAACUCUGUAAGCAAAGAUGGCAAUGAAGCACAUGGAAACACCCACAUUAGAGCAAGUAAAAAUGAUUUGGUGAUUAUUGAGAGAAUUUAUCCACGUCGGAAUACCUUCGUGUCUAUUACAAAUCUGGGACCGGAUGAUUUAACUGUUGAUAUCUCAGCACUUUUCUAUAGCGGUGAACUUGUUCUCGGAUCUGCUAAACAUAGCAAAGUUUUCUUCAACAACUUCAAAAUACGAUCACUUGAAACUGUUAUCGUCAAAUUGGACAAAUAA